UUUUCUUUUUUCUUUCUUCCCACACACGCGUCUUCUUAAACUCUCUCUCUCUCUAGAUCUCUCUUUCUCUAGAUUCUUCCAUUUCUCAACUCUUUCAAAUCCUUUCAUUCACCAAUUUUUCAUCUAAACAACAAAAUUCCCUUUCUUUUUUCAUCUAUUUUUGUUUUUAAUGCUUGCAAUCAUGGGUUUGUAUAGAAGGGGAAAGAUUGUUCUUGAUGGUUUUCAUUCCUUGGCUUCUAGGGUUUCAUCUCAAAAUUCAAUUUUUCAGCCAAGUUCAAGAAUUUUACAAUCUGGGUAUUUCAAUUCAUGUUCUAAAGGUGUUAGCUUUAAUGGGUUUUCUUCAUUUUCUUCAACUUCUAAUAGAUUAGGUACAAAGGGUUUUGAAAUUAACAAUAAUUUUAGGAGAUUUUACUAUGUGAAUAAUGGGUUUUCUUCAUUUUCUUCAAUUUCUAAGAGAUUAGGUAAAAAGGGUUUUGAAAUUAACAAUAAUUUUAGGAGAUUUUACUAUGUUGAUCCUCAAAAUGUUCAGCAUUUUAGGCCAAGAGGACCAAAACGUUGGUUUCAGAAUCCUAGACAUGUUUUCAUUGUUGUAAUGGUUGGUUCAGGUGUUUUUGUAACUGUGUAUUUUGGAAACAUGGAAACUGUUCCAUACACUAAGAGAACUCAUUUGAUUCUAAUGUCGAAAGUUAUGGAACGGAAGCUCGGAGAGAGUGAGUUUGAGAAGAUGAAGGUAGCUUUUAAGGGUAAGGUGUUGCCUUCAAUACACCCUGAGAGUGUGAGAGUGAGGAUGAUAGCUAACGAUAUCGUUGACGCCUUGAAGAGAGGGUUGAGUAAGGAGAAUGUGUGGAGUGAUUUAGGGUAUGCUUCGGAGAAUACUAUGAUGGGUGAUGAGCAUGGGAGGGAGACACUUAGUGCAUUGUUUGAGAAUGAAGGGAAAAUUGAAGGGAAUUGGAAUCGGGAGGACGAGAUUCUUGAUGAUAAAUGGGUUCAGAAGAGUAGGAAAAAGGGUCAGGAACGAGGGUCGCAACCUUAUACGUCGCAUUUGGAUGGAUUGAAUUGGGAGGUUUUGGUUGUGAAUGAGCCUGUUGUUAAUGCUUUUUGUUUACCUGGUGGGAAGAUAGUUGUGUUUACUGGUUUGCUUGAACAUUUUAGAAGUGAUUCUGAGAUUGCAACUAUUAUUGGACAUGAGGUUGGGCAUGCAGUGGCCAGACACAGUGCUGAGGGGAUGACAAAGAAUCUGUGGUUUUUUAUUCUUCAGUUGAUACUUUAUCAAUUUGUCACGCCCGAUAUUGUCAACACAAUGUCAUCGCUUUUCUUACGGCUACCUUUCUCAAGACGGAUGGAAAUAGAAGCCGAUUACAUCGGGCUUCUAUUAGUUGCGUCAGCCGGGUACGAUCCCCGGGUGGCGCCUAAAGUAUACGAGAAGUUAGGAAAAGUGACGGGCGAAUCUAUGCUAAGAGAUUAUCUCUCUACUCAUCCAUCUGGAAGAAAAAGAGCAGAAUUGUUGGCUCAAGCUCAAGUAAUGGAAGAAGCUCUUACUAUAUAUAAGAAUGUAAGAGCUGGACGUGGGGUUGAAGGAUUUCUUUAGAGCAGAAUCAUCAUGCCAUCACUUUUUUUUAUAAAUAAAUGUAUAUUUUGAAUACUAUCUUCGGUCCUAAAUAUUAGAGAAAAAUGAGUUAAUGGAUAUUGAUGUUUUUAGUCUAAAUUUUAGAUUAAAUAUAUUAACUUUUGUUAACUUAAUUUAAUUUUCUUUUAUAUUUAUGAUCGGAUGGAGUAACAUAGUACCCUUGGAUUUAAAUAAUAUACAAAUAUGGGAUUUUCUCAA